AUGCAUGGACUGGACUCCAUGGCUGCAGCAAGGGGCGAGAAAGAACUUCAGUGUGGUGAGAUCCUGGAUGAUCAGGUCAGUAGGACUGUCUCAAGGUCCAUGUUUCAAAUCAUGUUGCACUCAUGAUGUCUGGGCAUGAAAAUACCUACAAGCUUGGGGCAGUUGGCUCCUGUUUUGCAUCUGAUCAUGGAGAUGAGCUGUCACCAUCUCCUCUUUGGGCUGCACAGAGCUGUGCUGUGCACUCACAUCCUGACAGAACUCACUACUGUCCACAUACAGAUGAUAAUCAAGCAGGGAGGACCCUUUAUCCACAGAUGUGCCACAGAUUUCACAGGUUAAGUUCAGUAUAUAUCCUAAAAGGAGCAAACUAAGAUGCAAAAUUUCUCCAUCGUGCACAAUAACACAGCCUGUGAUGUGUGGGCUUUACUGUAACAGAAACAGACUAAUUCAACCUCAGUUUCCUGCUAAUAGUAGGACUUUAACAAGCUUAAAGCAAUUUAAUUUGAAUACAUAUCUGGAAGAUAAAUGUUGAGGUCAUCUCAAGAAGAAUUGUUAAUAUCAUUUAUAGAUAAAGUUGUGCAAGUCUGUGCAGAUCCUAAAAAUGUCACUCUUGGGGCUCUAUUUUCGUGUACGCCAGUGAGGCGACGGAGGGCGGCGAGCCCCGCGCAGUUGUAUUUUCGUCUGGCGCAGCCCGGCGUACAGCCAGUUUGGUAUUUUCGUGGACUGAGGCGCACGGAGGCGAACCGAGAUCCGCCAAGCUGGGCGUGGUGGCGUGGCAGGCGGAGGUGUCGACAGAAUCAGCGGGCGCAGUGACAUUUUCGUGCUCGCCACCGGCGUGUAAAGUGCGCUGAAAGCUUGCCGAUUCAAACCUGGUCAGCUUUCAGGGCAAGCGGAGCGCAGCUGGUCUAGUGGUAUUUUGGUAAACUGGCGGCUUAUUGGCAUACGUCACUGAUGCCUCAUAGGCAGGUUUCCACAGUGUCAGGUACAUUUCAGUGCAAUAAAUAGUCAUCAACAACUAUUAAUCUGAGUCAGCACAUACAUUUAGAUCAGGCAUGUCCAAACUUUUCCACAAAGGGCCGGUGUGGCUGCAGGUUUUUCUUCCAACCAAGCAGCAGCACACCAGACUUGAUUCAUUUCAUCAGCUGAUCUCAGUCUUCAGACAGCUGAUUGGUCAGACUGCAUGCUCUUGAUUGGUUGGAAGAAAAACCUGCAGCCACACCGGCCCUUUGUGGAAUAGUUUGGACAUGCCUGAUUUAGAUCUAUAUAGAUAUAUUCUGAUCUAUAUCUGAUCUGAUGAGCGCGUUUGGCACGCGUUUGGACACACAACCUGACCGAAUCAACACAGCUGAAACCGCAUCAAAUUAAAUGAAAUAUCUAGUAAAUAGACACACAUGAUGAAGUUAACAAGAUAUGUAAUUCGUCUCCCUCCUUUUCUUUCUUCCUCUUCCUCUUAUUUCUCGCGCAGCUCGACCUGGACACGUCUCCGUGUCCUCUCUCCGUCCUGCUGCUGAACAGAUGAUUUGUUUCAGUGCUCAGAUGAGUCAUUUACUUUAAGCCUACAUAUGAAUAUUAUAAUACUCAGUUUUGUGAGGCAAAUUUAUUUUAUAUGCCAAUAUCUAUGAAAGAAAGAGCCAGGCCAUGGAGUGCGAUGUGUCAUUUACGCACAGAUGUUUCCAAUUUUAAUGCCAUUUUUGGAGUUAAUGUUGUGAUCUGUGCACACAACCCACCUUUGUUACGUGAGGUUUGAAUAUAUGCAACUUUAUGUGAGUGUCUUUAUUUGUGUAAAAGGGUGUUUGUCUUACCAGUGGGUCCAACAUUACACACACCAAAUCCAUCUGUGCUCAUAUGAGAGAGUGUGGAGGACGCCCAAUGCAGCGCUUGCAGUGACACUUGUUGAGGAGCUGCCCUCUGUCGCCAUCUUGUGGCAUUACUGUCUUCAGACAUCUCUUGAUCUCUUUGACUACUUCCCAAAAAUGGUAAUACGCCUCGCCUGUGGCGGAUUUAAAGGUAAGGAGAGGAGCUGAUGUGAUUGGUGAAAACAGGUCUCGGCUGUGUUAAACCCACUACACGCCCUCUCUCCUCCCUCGCUACGACUUACGCCGCUAGGAGGAGCUGAGUUAGGGAGGGGGGAUACUUACGCCGGGCUGCGCUGCUCACCAAAAUACCAAAUUGUGCUUGGGAACGCCUUGUCGGCGCGGGGGACCUGACUUACGCUGCGCCUGCGGCACGUCUCCGGCGAGGCACGAAAAUAGAGCCCUUGGUCUUAGCUGAAAGGGCAGCUGGACUGGUUUGAGGUUCUUGAAGUCAUUUUGCCUCUCUUCUGAAAGGCUUCUUCAGAAAUUGCAGAUACCUGCAGGCAGACUAACUUUCAGAAUCUGGUCAUGACCUAGAAGCAUGAUCGUUUUUCGUCUGUGCAGCUCUACAAUCCAGUUUUCAUCUCACUUUGGUUUCUGUCACUGUUUCUGUUUUCUUUAAUUGACACACACUUUAGUUUGUUGACAGCUUUACUCUUCCUGUCAGAUGCAAAAUUAUCUGAGGAUGUUUUUUUUGGGGGGGUGAAGAGCAGUCUCAGAUUAUAAUCUGAAAUCCUGAUUUCAAAUGUUUUUAUUUGUGCUGUGGAGGAGGAGAAAUGAUGCUGACUGUGUUUAUUGUGUCUGAAACCUGUUUGUGUUAUAUCCCACAGAGCUGAACAUUAUUUAGUCUAUUUGUCUGAGAGGGACAUUGUUGUCUGCAGCUGUCAUCCUGACUGGUUGGGGGUGUCAUCAGGGUGGGGGUGACUGUCCUCUCUCAGUCAUGCUUUGAAGGUUUUACGAGUUCUCAUGGAAAGUAUAAAUUUCUGCAGCGGGGACCAAACGGUGCUUGACGGUAGUGUGGCGGUGACGGCUGCAGCAGUUAGCCUGACAGUUAACUGAUUAGAAUAAUUCAAAUGUGAUGAAUCAGUUUCAUCAUGUGAGCACGGCAUCGUCCAGAGAAGGGGAUGAUGGGACUGUGUGUUAGGAUGCUUUGAUGGAACUGUGCAGUGAGGAGAGACUCUCAGCAGACGUUAAGAGGAGCUCACACACUCAAAGACAGAGGUGAUGAAGAGGAGGAGCAUCUCAGUCGGUCUGUCCCCACACACACUGAGGACUGUCCUGUGAGGAAGGCUGUCAUGAUGAGGUUGCUUAAUAAGAGGAUGAAGAUGACUGAUGGUGAUGAAGCAGUGAAACACAGAUGACUGAAUGUCAUUCGAGUCAAUAAUUCACAACCACAGCUGCCUAUGUUACCACUGUCUUCACUGCUCCUCUCCCUGCCUCCACCCAGCUACCCCAGUUUAAGUAUGUCUGAUUGACGAGUAUCUUUGCUGCUGCUCUCCCUGUCUCCACUUUAACUUCUCCCAUUAUUCUAAGAGUCAGAACCAAGCCGAAACACAGAGUUCAGAUUUUAUGCUCCAAAUCUCAGGAACAAGCUACCAGAAUUUUUCAUUGGAGUGCUGAGACUCUCAUUUCUCUUUAAACUCAUAUGUUUGAAGCUGCUUUCAAUUAGAUCACCUUAAAGAUUAUUUUAAUAUUGAUUUUUAUGUUUGACAUACAAAUUUGCAUGGUAUCUUUUUGGCCUCUUACUUAAAACUGUCAUGUUUAGACAUUCUGUUUUUGCAGUUUUUAUUUCUUAUUUCAUUUUUACUUACUUUAUUUUGAUGGCUUGUUUUAUUAAUUUAAAUGUUACCUUUGUAUGAUUUCUACAUGUUUUCAUUCAAUAUGUAAAAAGAGGAAAAUGUCAUGUAGCAUUUUUGCCCAGAAUACGUCUAUAAAUUAAGAUAAAACAAUGACUAGGCUGGAGUGCAGUCCAAUAUACUUCAGGAUAUAAAGUGCAAUAGUGAGUAAGAAAGCCACAAUUUGUUGUUCACCUCAGUGCAGUGUCAAAGACUUUGAGCAGGUGUGCUCAUGUACAGUACGUUUCCAUAAUCCAGGACAGGUAAAAACGGUGGUCUACCAGUUUCUUCUUCUCAUGGAAGGAACAGCAGGACUUGUUUGUGUUGUAAAACCCCAGUAUGAUGUGUGUUAGUGAAGACUUUUCAUGCAGUCUAGAGCAGCAGUAUCACAGAAGUGCUGACUGUUUGACAGAAGAGUUUGCAUGAGUGUUUGCACAAUCCCAUACAUGCAGUCUGACACAUAUUCACCAAAAGUGGACAUGCAUUAAAAAAAUAACUCAUAAGAUUUACUUAAAAAAAUAUAUUGUAAGUAUUUGUACGCAAAUGAUUUAAGUAAAAUUUCAUACUGCAAUAUCAAUUAACACUCACUUGCCAGUAUCAAGUAAAUUUAAAUUUCCAUAAAACAUAACAGAUGUGAAUAUAUUAAGUAACAUUUACUUAAUUACAUCCAAGUUUUAAGUUACAUUUAUUUAAACGAAUUAAAUAAGUCUAUUUGUUUUUCAUAGGCAGGAACCUUAUUUUACCCAAAAUUUUAAGUACAUUUUAUAUCUCUGUAGUAUUUGCUGUUAUCAAGUAACUAAGAAGAGAUUAUUUUCUUGUGCUUGACAUUUUAAUUUACUUGGUUGAUUAGAUUUCAUGUAGCGCUUUAUCAGCGACCCUCAAAGCGCUUUACAUUGGAUACAACAUUCAUUUGCUCACACAGUCACACCCUGGUGGUGGUAAACUACCUUAGUAGUCACAGCUGCCCUGGGGCAGAUUGACGGAAACAUGGCUGCCAAUUUGCACCUACAGCCUCUCAGACCACCACCAAAACAUCACUCACAAUCACACUGUUCCCAGUGUGUGAGGACACACACUGGAAGCAAGGUGGGUUAAGUGUUUUGCCCAAGGACACAAUGGAUAGACUAGGGAUAGGAGGGGAAACAAACCGCCAACUUUCCAGUUAUUGGAUGACUGCUCAACCCCCUGAUCUACUGCCACCUCCUACCUUGCCCUGUGAUCCUGUAAUGUCCUGACUCGGAGCAGAGCCAGUCCCGUUGUAGGCUACAGUGCGCAUGCAAUGUGCAUGCAUUUCAAAACACUACACUUUAAGAGUAAAGUUUAUGUAGUAUUUGUAGGUGGCUGCAAGCAAGACAGGCUCAGAGGCCUCCUGAAAAUGCAUCCAAAGCUGCUGAAUCAAGGUGCCAUCCUGCCUAAAUUAAAUCAUUGGUGUGAGAAUAUUAUUGACUUCUAUUGAUAUUUUUGGACAUUUUUGAAAACCAGUGUUUUGAGUGAAAGGAUUUGGUCCUGGGAGCAACUGGUGGUUGACAACAGAGCAGGGCUGGGCCUACCCAGAGUAAACAUCUUAUUUUUGUGAAAUAUCAAAACGAGAUGUCAACUAACACAUAAAAGGUGGCAGAAGAAAUAGCAGAGAUUAAAGUCUCUCUCAACUUUACGUCUGAGAAAAUCAACAGUUGUGAAGCAAAAAAAAACCCUCACAGGCCUGAUGGAGGAGAUAAACUCAUAUGUUUGAAGCUUAAAAUUAUCAUCAAGCAAAGGGACCAGAGGAUUGAGUUCCUGGAACAAAGGGUCAAUGACUUGGAGCAGUAUUCCCGAGCUGAUGACCUUAUAAUCACUGGACUGGAGACUAAACACCAAAGCUAUGCCAGGAUUGCUAGCCCAGCCACAGACCAACAAGGUGAGGAUGCACCAUCUGAAGAGCUGCACAUCCUGGAAAAAUGAGUUUUGCAAUUUCUGUGUAGUAAAAAUAUUCAUCUGGGGAGUCAACAAAUCUCAGCCUGCCACACUCUUCCACGAGAGGACAAUAAAACCAGUCCCACAAUUGUGAUCAAGUUAGUAAAUAGGAAGCAUAAGGUGGAAGUGUUGAAACAAGCCAAAAAACUGAAAGGCACUGAAGUGUAUGUGAAUGAGCAUCUGAAAAAUGCCGAACUUGCGAGGAAUGGCCGUAUCCCCAGAAAACAAAGUAAGAUACAAGCAAACUGGACAAGGAAUGGAAAGAUGUACAUUCUGUUAAAUGGACCCCCAGUGGUUGUGGUGAGACAUUUGAAAGACAUAGAUCAAUAGAAGUAAUAAUUAACUUUUUGUUUUCUUUUUUUUUUUCCUCUCUCUUCUGCUGAUAUUACAUUUCAAGAAAUUAUGUGCUGUGGGGUAAGAAUUUUAUUCAUCAAGAAAAAUGACAGGAUAUUAAUUAUUUCUUUAAUGACUGAUACACUUAAGAGACUCUUGUAGUUUUACGCUGACUAACAUCUCAAUGGCACUUGUCAUGCAGUUUGUGGUGGAGGCAGGCCCGGAUUAAACCUUCUGUGGCACCUGAGGCUAAGCAAACCUAAUGGCCCCCCUCUGUCCCGCACGCGGAAAAAAUUGGCAGUUUUUAUUGGUCAUUUUGUGGAAAUUACUGCAGUUAUGGGUGGUUAUUUAACUGUUCCACUAGCCACCACCUCUAGCCAAACCACUGGGUUAAUACAACUGUGUCUGAACUCAAUUCAACAAGAGGUAGUGAAAAAAGUCUUCAAGGAAAGCACAGAGGCUGGUGUACAGUUCACUUUUUUACUGUAGAAAACCUCAGGCAUUUUAAAUUAUAAGUAUAUAGCAAGCAUUAUAAAUAAAAGUGCAAGGCAUGAUAUGAAGGCCUGUUAUGGUUAUACAAUUUGUUUUGUUUAAAGGAUUGCUACACUGAGAUUUGAGAAUUUUAUUAUUUUAUAUUUGUUCUACAUUUGUCUGCAUUUGUGUUUUGAUCUUUCUUUUCAUAUUCUGUAGGGACUGAUAAAUGUCAGAGGUUUUGACACUGUGAUACUUGAAUAAAUGUUUUAUACCAUAUUUUGAAUUAAUUCAGACCUUUUGUGCAUUUAUUUUUGUCUUGCUACAUUUUUCCAUUAUUCCAAUUUUGGGGAGCGUGGUAGCAAUUUGACUGACUUUCAGCCAUUUAUGGCCAUGAUGUGCUGUUUAUAUUUCAUUGCUUUUAUUACACAGUAGGUUGUGUCAUUUUUAUGUAUGAAACAUAAGCUUUUAGCUAAAUUUACUGUAUAUAUUUCAUUGUGCUGGGUGCAAAUCACUUGAGUUGAGACGUUUUCUUCAAGAAAUUUGCUACAUUUCAUAAUCUGAAUUCACUUAUGCGUAUACUAAGGCACAAACAACUGUUUCAGAUGUUAGGUAGAUGUAUUUAUGACAUCUGAGAAAGAUUUUGUCUUGUCAGAAUCAACAUAGCAGUUUCUACAAGCAAAAACAGCAGCACCAUAUAAUCGUUUUUUGUGUUACUCACAUAUAUGUUCAUUUCUGGCUGGUCUUUUGUCUCACCCUGUAGAGAAAGCCACUUUCUAAUACUAGUUCUGUAAGUUUCCCAACGUGGCCUUGUAAAGUGGAGAACGUCUUCACUCUGGACAGAUGAUAGAUGCAUAUAGCAUCGUUUUCGUUCCUUUUUGAUGCACUGUUGAAGGCUGUUUUCUUUUUUUCCUUUUAAUUUCUUCCUCUUCGCUUGUCUCGCUGCUAGAUGCGCUCGUCGCCAUGUUUGUGUAUUUCUGAUACUAUGGCAACGAGACUCGGCUCCUAUUGGUCCACGUGACAAAAAUCGCUUCACCUCUUUGCAUAUUCAAUUGCGCGUGUGCAAGUAUCACUGCGCCGCAGAAAGGAAAUAGUUCGACACCGAAACACUGAUUACUAAAAAUCGACGGGAUGGCAUGAGUAGAAUUUUUUUUUAGUACUCACUAUCAAUAUAGCUGUUUUAUGAAUCACAGUUAAUGUUGCCCAACUGAAGUGGAACGAGAUUCACUUUCUAGGCACUUUUUCCUCUGUCCCAAUACAGCCUAAUCCUCCUCACACCGGGCGCAGCUCACCAGCGUCAUAGCGGCUUCUGCUCGGGCUGAGUGGCCCCCCAUAGCCAAACGCCCUGAGGCUUCAGCCUCACUAUGCCUCAUGGUUAAUCUGGCUCUGGGUGGAGGUGGACGCGUCCCCACCCCUCGGCUCAAAAGCUGCAUCCCUGUGUGUUCUUUUCACGCGGUCUCUCGCCUGCGGAGCAAAAUUAUGAUGUUGGUAACCGGGAGUUGUUGGUGGUGCUGGCUUUACAGGAGUGGAGACACUGGCUGGCCCAGCCCUUUUUGGUUUGGACGGAUCAUAAAAACCUGUCCUACCUGCGCACUGAACUCUCGACAAGCCUGCUGGGCUCUGUUUUUGGGGCGCUUCAAUUUCACCCUCACCUACCGUCCGGGCUCCCGCAAUGUCAAACCUGACACCCUGUCCCUCAUGUGUGGUUGGGGCGGUCCGCUGGCAGGUGGAGCAGGAGGUCCAGGAUGCCCUCAAGGAACAACCUGUCCCAGACGGCUGCCCGGCAGGAUGCCUAUUUGUUCCUCCGUCAGCCAGAUCUGCUGUGCUUCUGUGGGGGCAUGCUUCACAACUCGCCUGCCAUCCAGGGGUCCGUCGCACUCUCAUGCUGGUGCAGCAACGGUUUUGGUGGCCCUCCAUGGCGACUGACGUCCACUCCUUCAUCACCACCUGCUCAAUCUGUCCCACCAGGCCCCUGCAGAACUCCUGCAUAUCCUACCGAUUCCUUCCCGUCCAUGGUCACACAUUGCAGUCGACUUCGUCACAGGACUUCCUAUUUCAGAAGGUAACAACACGACACUUACCAUAGUCGAUCGUUUCUUCAAGGCGGUACACUUUGUUCCCCUCCCCAAACUCCCUUCCGCCUUGGAGACAGGUAACCUUCUCAUUAUGCAUGUGUUCAGACUGCAUGGGAUCCCCCUGGACAUUGUUUUGGACUGAGGGCCCCAGUUCACGUCACAGGUUUGGAAGGCUUUUUGCAGGGGUCUGGGGGCUACUGCCAGUCUCACCUCCGGUUAUCCCCCACAGUCUAAUGGCCAGACUGAGCAAUCAGGAUCUAGAGAUGGCCCUUCGCUGCGCUGCCUCCCGCCUCCCUGUGUCCUGGUUCACUCAUCUUCCUUGGGUGGAAUAUGCACACAACAGUCUCAUCAGCUCAGCCACAAGGAUGUCCCCCUUCAUGGUUGACUUUGGCUUCCAGCCUCCACUGUUCCUGAACCAGGAAUCCGAUGCAGCAGUUCCCUCCAUGCAGGCCCAGUUCAGGAGGAUCCGACAAGUCUGGCGGGAGGCACAAGCAGUACUAGGGAGGAUGGCCAAACGCAACCGCAGGCUGGCGGACUGCCACCACAUCCCUGCUCGUACCUACAACAUUGGACAGCAGGUCUGGCUCUCAUCUAAGGACCUCCCCCUCCAGACAGACUCUAGGAAAAUGGCACCUUGGUUCAUUGGCCCUUACAUCAGAAAAGAUCAUCAACCCGAGUGCCGUCAAACUCUGCCUUCCCUCCUCCCUCAGGGUGCACCCAGUGUUUCAUGUGUCUCUCCUAAAGCUGGUCACCAACAGUCCUCUCCAGCCUCCAGCACCAUCGCUUCCUCCUCCCUGCGUCAUAGAUGGCCACCCUGCUUACACAGUUAAUCGGGUCCCUGAUGUCCGCAGGCGGGGCUGAGGUUUUCAGCAUUUGGUGGACUGGGAGGGGUAUGGUCCUGAGGAAGGCUCCUGGAUCUCGCGUUGGGGGGGGGGUGUACUGUCAUGAUCCAGGGCUGUUUCCUUGUGUUUUGGUUGUCUGUGUGAUCAGGAACACACCUGCACCUCAUUGUGCUCAUCAGCUGGCCUUUAAAAGCCAGAUUCCUGUCCUGCUCUUUGCCGGAUGAUUAUCUCAGUCUUCCUCUUGAGCCAAAUCACUCUGUGCCUCUCGUGUCCUCCUGCUUGUGCCUCCAGUUUGCCUUCACGUCUUUUGUAAGUUUGUUUGUCACUUUGUUUCAGUUGUUUUGUACUUUAUAGUUCUCGUUUUUUUCCCUCAAAUUUUUCUGAGGUGAUUUUCAGUUUGUCUUUUGUUUUCUGUUCAACUUUCUAGUUGACUUUAUAUUCCUUUGUUACUUGCCCCAUGUGGUAUAUUUAAGUUGUACUUUUAGUGUCAGAGCUUGUUUGAGUUUUUCUGUAAUUUUUCCUGACACUUGUUUUUCUUCGUUUUCAGUAGUUGUUUAUUCCUCCCAAGCCUUUUUACCCUGUGUGGUGAUUUUAUGUUGUUUUUUCUUGUUGAUAUUUUUGUUAAUAAACUUUUGGUGAUUUUGUCCCCGCUGUAUUAGGUCCUGUUGAUCUUGAUAAGACCUUUUCAUUAAUACAUUUCAACUGUAGAAGCUUACCAAAAAGUUUUAACAAAAAUCAAUGAACCUUUGGAAACAUUUAACAAUAAAUUUAAGUUGAUUGCUCUAUCUGAGACAUGAAAAUGAGGACAUUAAUUUGCAUAUUAAUGGUUAUGAUUUAUAUGUCACUAAUAGAACUACUCGGAGUGGAGGGGGGGGGGGGGGGGUGGCUCUUUAUAUUGACAGUAACUUAAAUUGUAGACCAGUGGAAUGCUUAACAGCUGUAAUUGACAAUUUUAUGGAAUGUAUCGCCGUGGAAAUAGAAUUAGAAAGGAUAAACAUAGUUCUAGCAUGUGUUUACAGGAAACCAGGAUCAAAUAUAGAAACCUUUAUACAUAGUUGGGAUGAAUUAAUUAAAGAUUUAAAUCUCAAUAAAUCACUGAUACACUGUGGUGAUUUUAACAUCAGUCUUUUAAAGGCAUCUACACAUAAACAAACUUCCGACUUUCUGGACACAUUAUACGUAGUGGGCUCUAACCACUGAUCACAAAGCCCAGCAGAGUGACCUCCCUCAGUGCAACAUUAAUUGAUAAUAUUUUGACAAAUGUUCUUGAACGUAGCAUUAAUUGUGGCCUAAAUGACAUAAGUGACCAGCUACCUGUGUUUGCAACAUUUAAUUAUGAACUACAGCGAAACAAUACAGAGAAGUGCCGCAGAUAUAAAAGGUUAAGAACGGAUGACCGGAAAAAUGCCUGUAGAGAUGAUCUCUUAAAGCAAGAGUGGAGUGGGGUUUAGUAGAUGCUGCAUAUGAUUCCUUUUUAAACUGUUAUUUAGCUCUUUAUGAGAAACACUGUCCAAUCGUUUUAUGUAAGCAUAAAACUUAUUUUAAUAAAAAACCUUGGAUAACUAGCUUACAAAAUGCAUGUAAAAACAAAAAUAAACUCUAAAGAGACUUCAUAAAAGCCAGAACAUAGACUCCUAAAAAAAAUAUAAGGUCUAAAAAAAUUAAUUAACCAAUAUAUUGAGACAGGCAAAGAAGAAACAUUACAAUACAAUUCUGCAAGAAAAUAAAAACAACAUUAAGGGUACAUGGAAUAUUCUGAACAGUGUAAUAAGUAAUAAAUUUAGAACUACAGAUCUACCCAAUCAUUUUAUUAAGGACAAUAAGGUGAUUAAAAACAUGAAUGAAGUGGCUAAUGAAUUUAAUUCUUUUUUUUUUUUGUAAAUGUUGGGCCUAGCUUGGCAAAUGACAUUACAAAAAAAACAUGGUCAAACAGAAAGUGGCUGCAAAAGGGAAAAUAAAGUGAUGCAGUCAAUUUUUCUUGGUGUGGUAAAUUAAAGUCAAAUUCUUUCAGUUGUUGCUAAAACAAAAAAAUUAGACAUCAACUGACAGUGAUGGAAUAGACAUGGAAGUAGUAAAAAAGACCAUUGACUGUAUUUUAAAACCAUUAAGUUAUAUUUAUAAUCUUUAAUUAAAAACAGGCGUUUUUCCAGAUAGGAUGAAAACAAUUUAAUAAUUAUAGACCAGUGUCAUUACUUCCCCAAUUUUCAAAAGUGCUCAAAAAGUUGUUUGUUCAAAAGCUAGAUCAUUUCACUGAAAAAAAAAAAAUUAAGUGAGAGUCAAUAUGGUUUUCAGACAAGUUGCUCUACUGCUCUGGCAAUAAUGGAAAUAAUAGAAGAAAUCACAACAGCAAUUGACAAAAGGACAAAAGGAAAUAUACGAUAGGCAUAUUCAUUGACCUAAGGCAUUUGAUACAAUAGAUCAUUCCAUUUUAAUUGCUAAGUUGCAUACUUAUGGUGUGAGAGAAAUUGUUCUGAAUUGGUUAACUAGCUAUUUACAUAAUAGAAAACAAUACUGUAUGUGUAUUUUGCUGGUGAUGCACCUGAAUUUGUAAAUUGAAUGUGGGGUCCCACAAGGAUUGGUUUUGGGGCCGAAACUUUUUAUUUUGUAUGUCAAUGAUAUUUGUCAAGUUUCUAAGUUGUUACGGUUUGUUUUGUUGGCAGAUGACACCAAUUUCUUUUGUUCAGGAGAUAAUUUAAAAACCCUAACUGAAAGCAUUGAAAGUGAAAUGGUGAAACUUAACAUUUGGUUUAAUGUAAAUAAGUUAUCAUUAAAUUUGAUAAAAACUAAGUUCAUGGUUUUUGCUAAAAGAAAUAAAGGCGAAAUUUCAUUGUCCAUUGAUGGACAACUCUGGUAUCAGAGUUUAAGUUUUUUGGAAUCACUAUGGAUGAACAUAUGACAUGGAAAUCCCAUGUAUCAUAUGUUUAAAAAAAAAAGCUGUCAAAAAUAUUUUAAUUUUGAAGGAUUUUUUAGAUUGCAAAACCAUGAGAAAGUUGUACUGUUCACUUAUACUGCUUUCUCUGAGUUAUUGUGCAUAAGUAUGGGGCAAUACAUACAUGAGUAAUAUAAUGCCUUUGUUCAUAUUGCAGAAAAGAGCAAUCAGAAUUAUCCACGAAGUAAAAUUUAGAGAACAUACCAAUAGCUUAUUUAUUAAGUCAGGGUUAUUGAAGGUAACAGAAAUAAUAGAACUCCAGACAUUAAUUACUAAUUACUAUUACUAAUUAAGUACUAAUUAUGUUCAAAGCUAAAAACAGAGUUUUACCAGAAAACCUACUAAAGCUAUUUGUGUUCACUUCAGAAGAUGAAAGUCAUAGGAGAAGAUUUGAUUUUAAACACCAAAGUGCUCGGACUACUUUAAAACAAAUGUGUAUUUCGGUUGUUGGUGUAACAACAUGGAAUUCCUAACCUCAGGAUUUGAAAGGCCAUACAGAUACUCCUCAAUUUAAAAAAAUGUACAAAUGCAGAAAAAACUGUCAAUACGGACUGGAAACUUAAACUGGAUGGUAAUGAUCAAUUGAUUUGAGCUAAAAUUAUACUUGUAUGGGAUAUUUACUAAUUCAAUUUUUUUCCGUUUUGAUCAAUUGUUUUGCUGUUAUAAUCAAAGUGUUAUUGAUGUUGGCUAUUGAAAAUCAACUGUAUGUGAUGUCAGACCAUCUUGUCUUUUAUUUUUAAUUGGUCAAGUAAGGGGCAAGCAAAUGAAUAAACAAAUAAUAAAUAGUAAUAAUAAUAAAUAAAUAAAAAUAAUAGGUUCAUGUACAUACUAUUACUCAACAUUUAAAUAGUAUAAGGCAGUGGUUCUCAAGUCCAGUCCUUCGAGGCCCACUGUCCUGCAUGUUUUGGAUGUUUCCCUGCUCCAACACACCUGAUUCAAAUGAUUGACUCGUUAAGUCAUUACAAAUCUUGAUAAUGAGCUGAUAAUUUGAAUCAGGUGUGUUGGAGCAGGGAAACAUCCAAAACAUGCAAGACAGUGGGCCUCGAGGACUGGACUUGAGAACCACUGGUAUAAGGAAACCUAAGUAAAACUUACUCUUCCCCCAUACUUCAUGUAUUAUGUUACAAAAAAUGUUUAAUUUUACAUAAUAAACUCUAGUUCUUACUGAAUCUUAAACACACAAGAUAGAAAUUAUGACAGUUACUCCAAUAGCGUUUACUGCACCAAAAAAUCUAUUUUCAGUGUGCAUUGUUAAAAAACAGACAGGAGGCCCUGUAACACAGACAUCCAUAUUCACUAAUGAGGACUAGGAGAAGAAAGCAAAGAAUUGGAUUUAGGUUUCAGGACUUUAACUCCAAAAAUGGGUCCCUGUAAACUUCCUUAGCUUUUGCAAAUUUGUCAUCUGAAAACUGCAGUUUUAAAUAUAAGUCUGCAUAUAGUUUGACGCAAGUUAUGUCAAUGUUCACAAGUUAAACAACUUUUAUCAACUGUCAUCUCACAGUAGAACAUGGUUUUGUUCUCUAUAAAACUUUUGGUGGCGACAUGGAAGUAUUGUUAGUGAAUUAACCCUGUGCAUUGAGAAUGAGGAGGAGAACUAAUGAAUGUCUGGGAGAGACACCCUAGAAAAGGUUUUUAAAACACACUGUUUUUUUACUGUUAAAAGCACCAGAGGUGAAAGCACAAGCAUGCAAAUACAAAGAUACUUGACAGUUGACGGUUUUCUGUCUUUUCUUUUUUUUAACAAGAAGCUAGUUAGCAAGGCUAGUAGCAUGACUGUGCCGUGCGGUGUGAAGCCCACAGCAACUUUGUGAUGUGCGGACUGAUACUUUCAAUACCAAAUAUGUCCGUUUAAGUAUCGAUACUCAUAAUAAACUGAAUAUAUUUUCACCAGUCUGCACCAGUUUGGGUUUACAAUUUUUUGUCGUCACAGUAGACAGUUAUUUCACUAGUUAUAGGACCUAUUUUCUGGUUUCUGGUUACCUGCUACUGCAACUGAGGCAACUUAAGUUGUUUACAUACUGUAAAUUUGCCCAGUCGUAUGCACGCAUGCAAAUAAAUAUGUCAUGUGUUGUUUUUUUUAGCGAGACAAAACAAAAUGUUCUUUCACGUUUGUUCAUGAUACAGUUUAUUAAGUCUGAUGAAAAUAUUUUUAUAUUUAUUAACAGGAUUAAGGCUGCACGAUAUUGGAAAAAACUAACAUUGCGAUUUUUUUCAACCCUGCGAUAUAUAUUGCGAUAUUAAAAAUAUAGGAAUUUUCACCAGAUGACCUGAAUAGCAUUUAAUGUUAUGCUGCACCGCUGAAGUCUUGAGGACAGUUAACCUGCUCUGAUCUUACCUCUUUUUGUGAAUGUUAGUAGAAUGGCUUCUGUCUGUCUAUUUUUAGCUUUUGUUGUGCUGGGGCAUUAUUGUGGCAACAGAUGAACACAGAACACGUGUUUUGGUCGACAUCAUCCUUCUUUUAACCGAAAUAAUUCCAGAUAACUGACUUUCCUUUUCUUUUUGGCAACAAAUCUUCAUUUUCGGUGGUUUUCUCUUGUUUGUUGCUCAUUUUGCAAUCGUUGUUGUUGUUAGCGGUGUUGUGCCGAGAAACGCAUGUCCUCCAAGAAUUGCAUGCACCUCGCAAAACGCGUACCGCUUAUAGUAGAGUGGUCCAUGGAAAAUACAUUUUAAAACCCAUACAGUUCUUAUUUGUUGGGCUUAACAGUCAUGAGUAAAGUUCCGAAAGUAAUUCUCAGCGGACACGGGUUUCUCGGCUCCACACCAGCAGCCAGCGAGUAACUCCAUGUGCAGAACAUGUGCAGGGGUGGGUUUCCUCCUCUCUGAUUUUGAUUGACAGCUGGCAGGGUAGUCUGAUUGGCAACUGAAAACUGAGUCUGACUGGCAACUGAGUAAAGGACCAAGGUGAAUGGUGGAUCGCUGCACAGCACAUGCAGAGUCACAUGCAGUGUAUCUCAGUCAGCUACCCUUGAAAUUAACUGAGUUCAUUCACCUCCGACAUCGCAGGCUCUGUGAUGUGACUAUCACACACACAUACAUCGCAAUGACGAUGCUCAAACGAUAUAUUGUGCAGGCCUAAACAGGAUGCAAAUCAGAAUAUUUCAUUUCAUUUAUUUAGAUCUCCAUUAGCUUUUGCUAAGGCCAUUGCUAUUCUUCUACAUUUACAAUUAACUCUCCAUCGCAGUGCACAGUAACCCAAAAACAUCAUGCCACAAAUAACCACAACAACUCACAACAGUCUACAAGACAAAAGUGAACCUUUUUCCACAGUGUAGCUAUAGUUCUGAAAUAAUAAGAACAUUUAACAGAACAUUAGUCCCAUUAUUCAGGCAAGUAGAAAGUAACGUAUGUAUAAUGAAAUAUUGUUUAGUUAUUAUCCCUUAUUCAUCCAUCAUAGCGAUAGUAAUAUUAAAAUUGUGGAUGGAUAUUUUAGACCAGCGGUUCUCAACCUUUGGCAAGCUGUUAGUCACAGCCUGUCUGGACCUGUACUGGACUCGGUACCAAGUCUAGAGAUUCUCCUCCAUUCGGCCAAAAGCUAAAGUGAGCUAAAACUUUUUUCACUGAAUGCAAAUGGAUGAAAGGUGCUGAUCACGAGAAAUGGGAUGAAAACAGGAAUGAUAUCGGUGGAUUAUUCAACUGUUGGAGCUGAAUGACUGAUAAUGGUGACUGUUUUAGCCACCAGAGUGAAGGUAAGAAUUUUCUCCUAAAGGUUUGAUCAGUUACAGUGGAUAUAAAAAGUCUACACACCCCUGUUCAACUGCCAGGUUUUAGUAAUGUAAGAAAAUGACAGCAAGAUAAAUAUUUUCACAACGUUUUCCACCAUUAAUGUGACCUAUAACUUGUACAACGCAAUAAAAAACAAACUGAAACUUUUAAGGGGAAAAAUAAAAAAUAGAAAAGUUAAAAUAACCUGGUUGCAUAAAAAUGCACACACUUAAACUAAUACUUUGUUGCAGCACCUUUUACUUUUAUUACAGCACUCAGUCUUUUUGGGUAGGAGUCUAUCAGCGUGGCACAUCUUGAUGUGGCAAUAUUUGCCCACUCUUCUAUGCAAAACCGCUCCAAAUCUGACAGAUUGCGAGGGCAUCUCCUAUACACAGCCCUCUUCAGAUCACCCCACAAAUGUUCGAUAGGAUUCAGGUCCGGGCUCUGGCUGGGCCAUUCCAAAGUCUCAAUCUUUUUUUGUGCGAAUACUGACUGGUAUUUGGAAAUGUUCAUUAUUCCCUCCACCCUGACUAAGGCACCAGUUCCAGCUGAAGAAAAACAGCCCCAAAGCAUGAUGCUGCCACCACCAUGCUUCACUGUGGGUAUGGUGUUCUUUUGGUGAUGAGCAGUGUUAAUUUUGCACCAAAUAUACCUUUUGUAAUGAUGCCCAAAAAGUUUAACUUUGGUUUCAUCAGACCAUAACACAUUUUCCCACAUGCGUUUGGGAGAUUUCAGAUGUCUUUUUGCUAAAUUAAGCCGGGCUUUGAUGUUUUUCUUUGUAUGACAAGGCUUCUGUCUUGCCACCCUACCCCAUAGCCCAGACAUAUGAAGACAGUAGGAGAUUGUUGUCACAUGUUCUACACAGCCAGUACUUGCCAGAAAUUCCUGCAGCUCCUUCAGUGUUGCUGUCGGCCUCUUGGUAGCCCUUCUGACCAGCUCUCUGUGGACCAUGGCAUGUGCUGAAAGAUGUGGCUACAAAAAUGUCAGAAAAAGCCUACUAGAACAACUGAACUUUAUUUGGGGUUAAUCAGCCACAUCCCCAGUUAUUAAAGGGUGUACUAAGACUAUUCCAACUGCAAACAACACUCGCUGGAACAGCACUUUCAAACAAGUGCAGGCCCUUACAGCUCUGGACCAUAAAGCUCUGACUGAAAUGUGUAGCAAAGACUAUGAAGAAGUGGUGUUCAGCAUUCGAGAGUGGAACCAGCUUAAGAGACUGACUUCAAUUCUGGCUCCAUUCUUGGAGGCAACAGACCUGACAGAGGGAGAGAAAUCAGUUACCAUCAGCAUGGUGGUUCCGACUGUUCUGGACUUACAUACACAUCUUGUGAAGAUGGAGGAGACCUGAAAACAGUCAGCCAAUAGUAAAGGCCCUUCUUCAAUCUCUGAUGAGAAGAUUCAGUGGAAUCUUUGCCAAAACAAAAAUGACAAAAGACAGUGGGAAAGAAAAACCUUUCAGUACUUUUUGGCUACAAUGCUUGACUCACAGUUUGGAUUAAACUGGCUGGAUCUUGGUGUUACAAAUGGACAAAAAGCAACAUCAAUCAAGGAGUUCAGAGACGAUCUGAAGAAAACACUGACAGGUAUUCACACAUGCAUUUUAUAUGAAGAGAGAAAUUGUCUUCCUGCAAAUCUGUGAAUCUUGAGAAAAUGUCUUCAAAGGUGCACUAUGUAGUUUUGGAACAUGAAGUCUUACACUUGUAAAUUUGAUGUUUACAAUAUGAUUAAGAGUAUAAACUUAGAAAUAUUUAUUUUUUCAUGACUGAAUAAACGAGUCAUCGGAGGAAAAUAGGAUCUGCAAAAUACUGUCUUUAAACCAGCGGCAGGGCCGGCCAUAUAUUGACAGAAGGAAAUGGUGUUAUUCUUCCAUUUGUUUAUUCACCCAUGAAAAUGUAGACAGAUUGUUUAUUUUGAUUAUGCAUGAAAUUUAAUUAGUGAUUAUUUUUGUCCUCCAAUUAAAAAAAAAAAAUGUCCAAAACUACAUAGUGCUCAUUUAAACUGUAGGCCUUUAAAAAAGUCUGAAAUAGUCUUGUAGUGGAAUUUAUUGGGUUUUAAUUUCGUAUACAUAUAUAUAUAUAUAUGUGUGUGUGUGUGUGUGUGUGUGUGUGUGUGUGUGUGUGUGUGUGUGUGUGUGUGUAUGUGUGUGUGUGUAUGUUUUCAUAUUGUAAAACAAUAUUCUUGUUCUAAACAACAUAUUGUUAGAGCAGUUAAUAUUUGAUACCCUCUGACACUAUCACUGUGUCUUUUAUUCUUAUUCAGUAAUUUUCUUUCAUUUGCUUGUAUUUUUCAGACACUUGGAUCUCUGAGGUUGAAAACUUGAUGGACAGCGAAGGUGAAGAGUGCAGAGCCACAAAUGAAGAUUCACCCGGUGAUUCACCUCCUGUCAAAUGCCCACGCCUUCUGUCUCGCUACAAGGCUCACAAAAAGCGCAGCUUAGGCCAGGAUUUAAGCAUCAGAAUACAGAUAAGCAAAUACUUUGAUUCCAUACGGGACAGUGAAACUGACAAUGCACUUGUCUCCUGGUACGAAAACCGUGACAGUUUCCCACAACUCCACAACUUGGCACUGAAGGUGCUGUCAGUUCCUGCAUCCUCUGCACCAGUUGAGAGGCUUUUCAGUAGAGGAGGCGUCAUAAUGAGACCCCACUGUGCACGUUUAAGUCACAGAAUGCUGCAGUCUCUCAUGUUUCUGAAAUGCAACGAAACUCUUCUUUAA